UUGUCCCAGGCCAGAGAGGCCCCUCGCCCACGGCCGAGGGGGUGGGGCGGCCUCGCCUCGGGCCGGUGCUUUUCGCCCUUCGUUGGCCGCCAGAGGCUCCCUCUCUCUCUCCCUCUCCUGGGAUUUUGCUGCUGGGUUCCCUCUUUCUGCGGCCCUAGAGUUAAUCCUAUCAGCCGAGGGAGCUCGUCUCUCCCGUGCCACACUGGGAUCCGCCUGGCAGCCGCUGGGAGCCGCAGCCAAUGUGUUAGGACUUCAGGUGCUUCUUGGCACAAAGCUAGACUGCGACCUCCUACCAUAGCGCUUGGCGUCACCUGCUCUCCCGGCCCUGCCCCGGGGCCGAGGGAUUGCGUCCCGAACCAGGCUUGGGAAUCGGCUGCCUCUCAAAUGAACCUCUAGUCUUGCUUUGAAAAAGCCAUUUUGUGUAACUAUUGACUGAAUAAUUUCCUAAUACAUUUGUUGGGACGAUCACUGAGAGUAUGCCACUUGAGCGGCCCUUUUCUUGACCAAAUACUGGUGAUUAGAGAAGAGAGUUUUUUUCCCCCCCUUGAUCAUUAUGAACAUUGGCUUUUCACCCUUGAAGUAAAAAUGUUGAAAGCUGAGUCUUCAGGUGAACGAACCACUCUGAGAAGUGCCUCUCCUCACAGGAAUGCAUAUAGAACUGAGUUCCAGGCACUGAAAAGUACCUUUGACAAACCCAAGUCAGAUGGGGAACAAAAAGCAAAGGAAGGGGAGGGCUCCCAGCAGAGCAGGGGGAGGAAAUAUGGCUCCAAUGUCAACAGAAUUAAAAACCUGUUUAUGCAGAUGGGUAUGGAACCCAAUGAGAAUGCUGCAGUCAUUGCCAAAACCAGGGGGAAAGGUGGACCUUCAUCCCCUCAGAGAAGAAUGAAGCCCAAAGAAUUUCUGGAGAAAACAGAUGGCUCAGUUGUUAAAUUGGAGUCCUCUGUAUCUGAACGAAUUAGUAGAUUUGACACAAUGUACGAUGGCCCUUCAUAUUCUAAGUUCACAGAGACCCGAAAGAUGUUUGAGAGAAGUGGGCAUGAGUCAGGGCAAAACAACCGCUAUUCCCCAAAGAAAGAAAAAGCUGGGGGGAGUGAACCACAGGAUGAGUGGGGUGGUUCCAAGUCCAACAGAGGCAGUACUGAUUCCUUGGACAGCCUUAGCUCCCGGACCGAGGCUGUCUCCCCAACGGUGAGUCAACUGAGUGCAGUAUUUGAGAACACCGAGUCCCCCAGUGCCAUCAUUUCUGAGAAGGCUGCAAACAAUGAAUACUCAGUGACUGGGCAUUAUCCUCUGAAUUUACCAUCUGUUACUGUUACAAAUCUUGACACCUUUGGCCACCUUAAGGAUUCUAAUUCUUGGUCUCCAUCGAACAAACAAGGGGUUGAUACAGAGGAUGCUCAGAAGAGUAAUACAACUCCAGUACCAGAAGUGGCUCCUAAAAGUACCUCUCUAGCUUCGUUACCUAGUGAAGAGAUACAGCAGAGCCAGGAAGCCGAGGACUCCAUAUCUAACCAGGAGACUCUGGACAGAAUUGACAAAGAUCUUCCUGAAGAGCCUUGUGCUGAAAAUAAGGCAAUGCCAAAGUCUGAUCUCCUUUCACCCCAAAACCAACCUUUAGGAGAGGCUGAAGCUAAUUCUGUUGGAAGUGAGGCAGCAAAGCAACAGAGGAAAGAACUUGCAGGUGGUGAUUUCACCUCUCCUGAUGCUUCUGCAUCCAGUUGUGGAAAAGAAGUACCUGAAGACUCAAAUAAUUUUGAGAGUUCCCAUGUGUAUAUGCAUAGUGACUAUAAUGUGUAUAGGGUGAGAUCCAGGUAUAAUUCUGACUGGGGAGAGACAGGCACUGAGCAGGAUGAGGAGGAAGAUAGUGAUGAGAACAAUUACUAUCAGCCUGAUAUGGAAUACUCGGAAAUCGUUGGAUUGCCAGAAGAAGAAGAAAUCCCAGCAAAUCGGAAAAUUAAGUUUAGUAGUGCUCCAAUUAAGGUUUUUAACACAUACUCCAAUGAAGACUAUGACAGGAGAAAUGAUGAAGUUGACCCCGUGGCCGCAUCUGCUGAGUAUGAACUUGAAAAGCGUGUAGAGAAGCUAGAACUUUUCCCAGUGGAACUAGAGAAAGAUGAGGAUGGUCUUGGUAUCAGUAUUAUUGGAAUGGGUGUUGGAGCAGAUGCUGGACUUGAGAAACUGGGAAUAUUUGUCAAGACAGUAACAGAAGGCGGUGCUGCUCAGCGAGAUGGCAGAAUACAAGUCAAUGACCAGAUUGUGGAAGUGGAUGGAAUCAGCUUGGUGGGUGUCACACAGAAUUUUGCUGCAACAGUUCUCAGAAACACCAAAGGCAAUGUCAGAUUCGUUAUUGGACGAGAAAAGCCAGGACAAGUGAGUGAAGUUGCCCAGUUGAUAAGCCAGACGCUGGAACAAGAGAGGCGCCAGAGAGAGCUGCUGGAGCAGCACUAUGGGCAGUACGAUGCUGAUGAUGAUGAGAACACUGUGGCUGAAUUUCAAGGAGUAUCUGCCAACUGCAAUAACAAUAACAACUGUGUCCUUAAGACAGGAGAAUAUGCCACAGAUGAAGAAGAGGAUGAGGUAGGGCCUGUUCUUCCUGGUGGUGACAUGGCCAUUGAAGUCUUUGAGCUGCCUGAGAAUGAGGACAUGUUUUCUCCAUCAGACCUGGACACAAGCAAGCUCAGUCACAAGUUUAAAGAGUUGCAAAUCAAACAUGCAGUUACAGAAGCAGAGAUUCAAAAAUUGAAGACCAAGUUGCAGGCAGCAGAAAAUGAGAAAGUGAGGUGGGAACUAGAAAAAACCCAACUCCAACAGAACAUAGAAGAAAAUAAAGAAAGAAUGCUGAAGUUAGAGAGCUAUUGGAUUGAGGCUCAGACAUUAUGCCACACAGUGAAUGAACAUCUUAAAGAGACCCAAAGCCAGUAUCAGGCCUUGGAAAAGAAGUACAACAAGGCAAAGAAAUUGAUCAAGGAUUUUCAACAAAAAGAGCUUGAUUUCAUCAAAAGACAAGAAGUAGAAAGAAAGAAAAUAGAAGAUUUAGAAAAAGCUCAUCUUGUGGAAGUUCAAGGCCUACAAGUGCGGAUUAGAGAUUUGGAAGCUGAAGUGUUCAGACUACUGAAACAAAAUGGGACUCAAGUUAACAAUAACAACAACAUCUUUGAAAGAAGAACAUCUCUUAGUGAAGUCUCCAAAGGAGACACCAUGGAGAACUUGGAUGUCAAACAAACAUCUUGUCAGGAUGGCUUAAGUCAAGACUUGAACGAAGCAGUCCCAGAAACAGAACGCUUGGAUUCAAAGGUCCUAAAAACUCGAGCCCAGCUUUCCGUGAAGAACAGGCGGCAGAGGCCCACUAGGACAAGACUCUAUGAUAGUGUCAGUUCAACAGAUGGGGAGGACAGUCUAGAGCGAAAGCCUUCAAACAGUCUCUAUAACCUCAUGCAUAUUACCAAAUCAGUUCCGCCCAAGGGUCUGAGAACUUCUUCUCCAGAAUCAGAUUCUGGGGUUCCACCCCUCACUCCAGUGGCUAGCCAUGUGCCCUUCUCGCCUGACCACAUAGCAGAGUUUCAAGAAGGACCGCUGCACCCAGAAAGGGGGCCUUUCUCCUCUGUUUGGGGAGACACUUCGCUUUCCUCUCCUUCAAAAUCUGAUCAUGAUAUGGAAGAACCUCCUUGCCCCCAUCAAGCUACCAGAAAGAAAAUAUUACGAGAAAAAGAUGAUGCCAAAUGUCCCAAAUCACUAAGGGCAUCCAGUUCAUUGGUGAAACAAGGAGGAAAAAUUAGGCGGAAGUUUGUGGAUCUGGGGGCACCUUUGCGAAGAAAUUCCAACAAAGGAAAAAAAUGGAAAGAAAAAGAAAAAGAAGUCAAUAGGUUUUCUGCAGGUAGCAGGAUCUUCAGAGGCAGGCUGGAAAACUGGAAAGCCAAGCCGCCCUCCGCAGCUCAGGCCUCCACCCGCUCCCCUUGCAUGCCUUUCUCCUGGUUUAAUGAAAGCCGGAAAGGAUCCUAUUCCUUCAGGAACCUGCCUUCACCUACAAGUCCCCUUCAGCCUCCUCCUGAGACUCUAAUUUCAGAUAAAACGGGGUCUAAGGUAGAAAACACAUGGAUUGAAAAAGCAAACAAGAAAAACCCAAACCCCUUCUUCUGUUCAGUCUUUGGAAGGCGUCCUCAACCUGUGUGUGCUCUGGAUCCGAGGAACCGUGUGGUAACACAGCCACAAGCAACGUGUGGUGUUUCUUGUAAUUUUACCUUCAACGAUGACUUCAGUCCCAGCAGUACCAGUUCUGCAGACCUGAGUGGCUUAGGAGCAGAACCCAAAACACCAGGGCUCUCUCAGUCCUUAGCACUGUCAUCAGAUGAGAGCCUGGAUAUGAUAGAUGACGAGAUCCUUGAUGAUGGACAGUCUCCCAAACACAGUCAGUAUCAGAGUCGGGCCGUUCAUGAAUGGAGUGUGCAGCAGGUUUCUCACUGGUUAAUGAGCCUAAAUCUGGAGCAGUAUGUCUCUGAAUUCAGUGCCCAAAACAUCACUGGAGAGCAGCUCCUGCAGUUGGAUGGAAAUAAACUUAAGGCUCUUGGAAUGGCAUCAUCGCAGGAUCGAGCUGUGGUUAAAAAAAAACUGAAGGAAAUGAAGAUGUCUCUAGAGAAGGCUCGGAAGGCCCAAGAGAAAAUGGAAAAACAAAGAGAAAAGCUGAGGAGGAAGGAACAAGAGCAGAUGCAGAGGAAGUCCAAAAAGUCGGAAAAAAUGACAUCAACCGCAACAGACGGCCCUGGUGAACAGUAGCACACCCUCCAGAGGGUGAGAAUGCUCAAGAGAAGGCUUCCCUCUUCCUGCCCUGUUCUCCUCCAGAAAAAGAAACUGUUGAUGGGGUAAUGCUGCUGUAGACAGACUGAGGAAGCGUGUGUUGAAUGACUGCAUUUUCUGCAAUAAUAAAAUGCACUCCUAAUUUUAACCCCUGAAAGAACCCCAAACCAUCUUUGGUUUGUUAACAAACCAGAGAUCUCAUUUGGGAGAGACACAAAGUAGUUGUGUUGCUCUCCUGUCCUACUUACCAACAUCCUAUGUUGUGUUGGGCGUGUUGUGUCACUGGAAAACCAGCAUGACCCUGCCACGAGAACAGGACACCCCCCUGGUGUUCAUGUAGCACUUGGAAUUUUCAGUGUAGGAUCCUGAAACUAGGCCCUUGCACGUAUUUGUGUGGCAGAGAGCACCCUGCCAAUGAGAUCUAGGACACAUAUUUGCUUCUAGGGCUGCAGAGUCCAGUCUGAUGUGUGGGAAGAGGUCCCCCUCCGUCCUGGGUCUGGGCAGAGAACAGCACCAUUGUGGAAGCAUGGGUGUUGUGCCACAUAAUUUUGUCCUAAGGGAAAGAGCAAGCACACAAUCCUGCUUGCUGGGCAUCAGAAAAAGUGAAGAGAAUCAUAGUUAUUCGUUAACUAUAGAAGAGAAUAAAAGCCUUAAGAAUGUGGUGUGGGUAUACCUUGGGGUUUGAAGGUAACAUUUAUCCUCCAGAUGUUGCUGAACAAAGAAGAAAAAAGUCAAACUUUAAUGUAGCCUUGGGAUGUUGGGAUAUGUUGUUUACUUUGCUACCACUGUAGGUUCAGUAUUUCAGCAACACUGGCAAACACAACACAGUUCCUUUGUCCCACACACACAACAAAUUGAACAGGAAAUUGAUUUUUAAGGAAACCAACAUUUUCAGGUUUCCUCUCCUGGGGAACAUUCUGGCUGGUCUUCAGCCUGCCUAUGACACAGUCAGGAACUUGUCACAUAUUUUCUACUCAGAAUUUCCCAAGUGGGCUCAGUUAGUGUUUUAACAAACUCACUUUUAAGGAAAAUAGAAAUAUCAGUUAGAGAAAAUUUAGAUUUGAGUAACAUUCAACCAGAGAACCAAUUUUUUUGAGCACACAGAACGUUCCUAUAAAACAGAGCUGUCAGUUAGUUACAUUUUAGAGAUAUUUUGAAUGGUUUUUCUGAGCCAUUCUCUACCAUACUCCAGAGAUUUCCACUUUACAGUUGAAGUUUGUUUAAGGCAGUACAUAGGAUACACUUUGGUAGUAGAAGAACUUAUGCUUAUUUUAAAGCCAGUAUUAAGGACUUCAGUAUUUCACCAAACUUAGUUGAGUGUAGGAGACUAGGGCAGAAAGAGGAGAAGAUAAACUAAUCGAGAAAUUUCCAAUGAUGAGGGGGUUUUUUUGUAUUUUGUUUUGCUUUUUAUGCUUAUGUAUCUUGUUCUCUUUGCUGCUUUGGCUCCAAAAAUGAGGUCAUCCACUUUCCAAUGGACAAGUUUCAAAGUACAACUUGAGGCCAGAUAAAUUUUAGAUAAGUAUUUUACCUCUUUUGUGACACUGGGUCUUGCUCUGUCCUCAGCGUUGUCCAUGCUGAAGUGUUGUACAUGCAGAGCAUAGGAGAUGGCUCUUGAGUAUUACAGUAACAGUGUAAGGGGACUCCUGCCAUAUAGCCCCACCUAAUAUUGUUAACAUUGUGAGAUUUAACUUUUAUUAUUUUUAAUAUCCAAGUUCUGAAAUUGUCUGAACUAGAAAUGUAUUGUCUUAUUCUUUCCUCAAGGUCUGAUUCCUUUUCUGCCACAGUAUGGUCUGGUCUGCUAAGCUUCAGUGAUUUUGUCACCAGGUACAGAUCAUACAUUCAUUCCUCAGAAACACUGAUGUAUAGUAGCUUUUACAGUUAGGAGAGGCACUGUUAGGUUUUUCUGUCUAUCUUCAUUUGGGAUAUGAUAAUGAAACUGCCAUACUCAAUACUUAUUAAUAUCUAGAAAUGUCUGGUGCUUCCUAUUAUUAACAUCACAAGAAACCAGGAGCAACUAUUAACGAACUACAAAAUUCAGCAAAUCUUUCCUCAUACUGCUAGAGGAUUAAAUUAGUAAAAAUCUGGUAAUGCUUGUGCUUGCUAUUGUAAAUUUUUGCCAUUUUCGCUUUCUUUGAAGAAAAAGUAACCUGGAUCACACUGGAGGUUUCACUGUAUUCAAGAGUGGUAUGAUUAUUUUAAGUUAUGUUUACACUUCAGUAAUAUUUGAAAAUGAAUGUAUAUAUUGAAAUGUCUAUAAGUCUCUGUCUUUGCCCAUAAUUUAUGAUCUAUUAUAUUGUAUUUUCUUAAAUGUCUUAGAAGUAUUGUUCUUUAUUAUAGCUUUAUUUGCAUACUUCAGUGUUUAGAUCAAAGUCAUACUGAUAAUGUUAAAAAUCAAAUUCUUGUUCCUCAAAUCAUUUAAUGUAUAUUAUAACCGUUUUGAUUUUUUAAGUUUAAUUGUAGUAAUUUUAGGUCUAAAUGCAUUGUUUUAAUGUUACUACUUAAAACUGCUAAAAUUGUAAAAGGAACUUGAUUUGAUUGCCCAACAAUGAAAUAUAAACUGAUUGAUACAAGGGUAUGAAAACAAAGUGAAGGACCUCAGAUCUUGUGAGCAUUUUGUUUUACUAUUUUUUUUUUUACUAUAGUGCAUGGUGAUUAAUUGAGGUUCUGGUGUCUUGCACAAUCUUCCUUUAAUGCUAGUACUUUUCAGUGUUCAUAUACUUUAACACAAAAUUGUUAUUUUAUGAACCUUAAAGACUUUGCAGGUUUUUUUUUUUUCCUUAUCAGAAAAUGAACAAAAAGGGAUUAUCUGGUUACCGUGUACUAUAUUUUAGUAAGGGACAGCUCAGUAUGACUCUAACUAUAGCCAGAAGUGUUUUGGGGUAUGGGUGAUGUUUUGGAGGGAGGGGGUAUAAAUAGUGAGCCUAAGCAGUAGGUAACACUAUGGGAGCUGGAUCAGGAUUUCCACUAAAGAACUUUAUAACAGAUUACUGUGCUUAAGACCAUUUCCCUUAAAGUAACUCACAGUUAUGGGAUACUUCUCUUGUUCUCCAUCCCUUCAGUGCCCCCACACACACACACACUCACACACACAAUGAAUCAGAAGUGUCUUUCUGUAUUCAGGUAGGCCAGAAACCUGUCCCCACCUGCCAACAUCACACAGCCUCUGUAACCACAGCAGUCAAUAAUUGCAGUAUGAUAGGUGCUAAUGCCAAAUUCAGCUUUCAGUUGGCACAGAGUGGGUACAUCCACCUUGUGCUCCUUUGUUGUUGGGAACAAGGUAGCAGGAGGAAAAGUAAGAACCAAAUUAGCCCUUCCCACUGCCUGUGCCCCUAUAGUCAUUUAACCUGAAAUCCCCAAAUACCUCAGGCCCAACCUAGGAGACCUCCACAGGUCAUUUGAUCUGGCAACUCACCCCAUGUCUUUCCCUGAGGACAAAGAAUUCUCACUGAAGUUCUUUGUGUAGCAGGAUUAACAUGUGCUUAUAGUUUACAUUGUAAACAACAACAACCAAAAGGUAAAUUAAAUGUGCAUUUUUAUAGAUGUGCUAAUUCAUUUAUAAGUGUGGAAGAUUAGACUAAGCUUCAAGAGGAUAUUCAGUGUUUAACAAUAAUGUUCAAGAAGAUUCUGGAGGAAGCAGUCCCAACAAUUAUAAGAGAAACAUCUGCACUUUGAGUGUGUCACAGCCCUCUCAUUACACUGAGAUAUUUAAGAAUUUUCAAAUGCCACUUGUCAUUAAAGGUACUCCCAACACAGCUGGAGUAGAGGGGCACUUCAUUUUGGUGGACAGUAGUCACAGAGCUUUGUGGCACCCACUUUAAUGCAAAGGGUUCAUUGUUCUCUGAAGAAAAAAGGAAGACGGAAAUGAAAAGCUCAGCUUUCCAUCUUUUCUAGUUCGCCUCUUUAACCUGUGCACAGUUAUAAAGCUAAGCCAUUAAGGAUAAAGUCCAUCAGUAAAAUGUCCAUGUCUUCUACCAGAACUCUUCUCAUGAUGGUAGGACAGGGGAGGGUACAUUCUCCAAAGAAAGUAAUGUUACGGGAAAUUUGAAUGUGCUCAGUGAUUCACUCCUGAAAACCAGCCUGGGUAUGCUAGCAGAUUUUGUUUGCAUUUGUCUUGAGUAUUUAAAGUCUCAGGAAAUUUAGUCUUGAUCCAAACACUGGGGAAAAAUUAACACCAAACAACACAUUUUCAUAACUUGAAGAAGCAGCGUAGAAUAGGCCUGACUGAGAAGCUGGAGAGAAAAGAAAAAACCUAAAGAAUAAAUUUUCCCCAAGAAGUGAAAACAAGAUCUAUUUAUGGUAGACAGAGGGUCUGACAAUAAACUGUGGGUUUAUUGAGAGAAUGGUUUUAACUUGAGGGUUCACAUAUGUGAGCAGCAUAAACCAAGCACCACUGUAACCUGUCUCCAGAUCCUCAGAGUUAGGGAGGAACAAAACAGGAUGCUUUCCAAUCCUUGGCCCUACCCAACCCCAAAGCACUAGAGAUUCAGCAGUAUUUAUGAGGUAAGGAAAAGAGAACAAUAAACUACUCCACAACAUGCAUGCCACUGUGUAGGUAUUCAGAACUACAUCUGUGUGAAUCUAUCUUCCACCAUACCCAUAUAUAUGCAGCAAUUACAAGGCGUAAAAAAAUACUGUAUGUGGAACUUGGUAAUGCCAGUUAGGAGCUAUAAUCAGAGCCUUAUUGCCACUUUUUGCUUAUCUAUACAUUGAAUGGCUCAUAGAUUUAAGAGGGUUUUUAUUUUAAUGUAGGUAUUCCUACUAAAUGCACUUACCUUUCUCUGUGUUUAUAUAUUUUGAUAAAAUUGAUUUAUUAAAUAUUUAGUAUUCUAGUAAGCUAAAAUCUUCUCAAAUGUUUGGUUAAUGCUUUGGUGUGGAGACUGCACUUUUUUCCUUUUUUCUUUUUCUUUUUUUUUUUUUUUUUUUUUUUUUUUGUAUUAGAGCUCAGAAGACAUUUAUGUAGCUUUGGGCAUUUUCAACGGCAGACUACAGUUUUCUUGGCUAAAAGUUGCACUGUGUGUUCUUGUGCAUUGGCUCACACUUCCAAAAUGACAUAAUCAGUAGCUUUAGUUACUAACUACUGGCUCUCUGAUGGCAGUGUUGCCCUCACAUGACCAUUUAUUGACUUCUUGUGCCAAGUAAUGGCAUUUUGGUCAUCUCGUGCUGAUAAUGGCAUUUUGAUUGUCACCAAAAAUAAUGCAGGUGGUUGUGAAUAUAUAUUGUUGGAAGGUGUACAUGUCUGUUUCUUUCAGCUCUUUUAUUCAUACAUCCAGGUUUUCUAUUAAGGAUGUGAUCAGUCGACUGUUCAUGAAAGAACAAUUGGCCAGAGAUAAUUAAAAGUGGGAAGAAGCACUCCAGCUAGAUGACACCUCCCAACAACAUCAAACUGAGUUAGUACUUGGUGAAAUUCCUUACAUAUAUAUGCAGAUGCUUCCUUCAUUAUUAUUUGAUGUCACAACUACUGCUCUUGUAUUUUUAAUGGUGUUGCAGUCAAACCACUAAUACACCUGCUACAUAUUACAAAACUGGGCAGCUGAAAAAUGAAAGAUAAUAAAGUCUGUUCUCCUGUAAGAAUUUGAUUCAUUUUCAUCUUUCUUUAUAUAUCAAUAAGAAAAAGUUGUUUGAAAAUAAUUUUGAGUCCAGCAAGUGUGAGUAGCAUGUUACCUGAAACUUUUAAUUUGUACAUUUUGAUGUCUAUUCAUUUAUUUGCAUGGAAGAGACAAUAGUGCCAUGUCUGAAUUGUUCUCUUGUGCUUGGUUAAUAUGUACUGUUUCAAAUGACAUUCCUUACUCUUUGGUUUUCAGAGGCAUUCAAAACAAAAUAUAACAGUGGUCCUUUGUUUUCUGACCAACCUAAAAAUACCUGUGUUAAAUUUAAUUUGUUAGUGUAAAUAAAUUUCUUGCCAAUGAGUAUUAUUGUUGUUAAACAACGAAUGCAAUAAAAAGAAAUACUGAGAUCGGU